AUGGCCCAAACGCCAGUCACUGGAUACGCGCAUGACGACGCCUGGGACACAAACUGGCUCAAGGUUGACGACACACACGAAUUGUACUAUGAGCAAUACGGAAAGAAAGAUGGAAAGCCAGCCAUCUAUCUACACGGAGGUCCUGGCGGUCACAUUACGAAAGGCAAUACUUCCUUCUUCAAUCCUGCAGAGUAUCGUGUAGUUCUUCUCGACCAGCGUGGUUGCGGCAAGUCUCGUCCAAAUGCAAGCACUGUCGACAACACCACCUGGCAUUUAGUCGCCGACCUCGAAGCCCUGCGUGAGCAUUUGAAGAUCCCCAAAUGGCAUGUCGUCUUCGGCGGAUCCUGGGGUAGUACCCUAGCUCUAGCGUACGCUCAGACACAUCCCAAUUCCGUCGGCUCUCUUGUCCUACGCGGAAUCUUCGCUGUCCGCGACCUGGAAUUGAAGUGGACAAUGGAGCCGGGAGGCGCAAGCAUGCUCUACCCAGAUCACUUCGACGAGUUCGUCAACUUCCUGCCGGAAGAGGAACGUGCGGAUCAUGUUGCGUCGUACCACAAGCGGCUCAUGUCUGACGAUGAGAGUAUCAGUCACCCCGCAGCUACGGCGUGGAACAAAUGGGAGAUCUCCAUCAGCACCCUGUACCCAAAUACCGCGGGCUUGACACAGCUUGAUGAUCCGACAUAUCUACUGGCGCAUGCUAGGACGGAAGCGCAUUACUUUAACAACAAGGCAUGGUUAGAGGAGGGCCAGCUGCUUCGCAAAGAGAAUAUUGAUAAGAUGCGACACAUCCCAGGAACCAUUGUCCAAGGCCGUUACGAUGUGGUGUGCCCACCCAUCUCUGCUUGGGAACUCUACAAAGCCUGGCCCGAGUCUAAGUUGCAUUGGAUAUCUGAUGCUGGGCACGCCGCUACGGAGCCCGGAACGAAGAAGAAAUUGAUCGAGACCACCGACGAGUAUGCGUCGUUAUCGAUCUAG